AUGGCCUCAGCUAGACGCCUCUCCUACCUGCAGGCUCUGCUAGUGGUCAGCCUGGCCCAGGGCAUCAGAGGACCCCUCCUGGGGCAGGCCUCAGGCCCCCAGCCACUGGAGCUGAAAGAGGUCUUCAAGGUGUUCCAGAGUCAGUACAACCGGAGCUACUCGGACUCAGCAGAGCGUGCCCGCCGCCUGGACAUCUUUGCCCGGAACCUGGCCCGGGCUCAGCAGCUGGAGGAAGAGGACUUGGGCACAGCCAAGUUUGGGGUGACCCCAUUCAGUGACCUCACAGAGGAGGACUUUGGCCUGGUCUAUGGCCACCACAAGUCUCUUGGAAAGGCCCCCAAUGUGAGCAGGAAGGCGCUCCCUGAAGGACGGGGAGAGUCAGUGCCCUCCACCUGUGACUGGCGCAAGAUGGCCGACAUCAUCAAACCCGUCAGGGACCAGAAAAACUGCAAAUGUUGCUGGGCCAUGGCAGCGGCCAGCAACAUAGAGUCCCUGUGGGGCAUCAGAUUCCAUCAGUCUGUGGAAGUCUCUGUGCAGGAGCUGCUCGACUGUGACCGCUGUGGGAACGGCUGCAGCGGAGGCUUUGUCUGGGAUGCGUUUGUAACUGUCCUCAACAACAGCGGCCUGGCCAGCGAAAAGGCAUACCCUUUCCGGGGGGACAACAACGCCCACAGGUGCCAGGCUAAGCAGCACAAGAAGGUGGCCUGGAUCCAGGAUUUCAUCAUGCUGCAGGACAAUGAGCAGAAAAUCGCCGAGUACCUGGCCACCCACGGUCCCAUCACUGUGACCAUCAACAUGAAGCUACUGCAGCAUUACCAGAAGGGCGUGAUCAGAGCCACGGCUGACACCUGUGACCCCCGUCAAGUGGACCACUCUGUCCUGCUGGUGGGCUUCGGCAAGAGCAAGUCGAGAGCGAGGAUGCGGGCAGAAGGGGCCCAGGCUGGCGCCCCAGCUCCUCGUCCUCGUCGCGCCAUCUCAUACUGGAUCCUGAAGAAUUCCUGGGGGCCCAACUGGGGCGAGGAGGGCUACUUCCGGCUGCACCGAGGAAGCAACACCUGUGGCAUCACCAAGUACCCGCUCACGGCCCGUGUGGACCAACCAACCAAGAAGCGCCCAGUCUCCUGCCCUCCGUGA